AUGGACCCGUUGAAAUACUUGUUCGAAAAGCCGGCACUAACGGGUAGGAUCGCAAAAUGGCAGCUAUUGCUUUCAAAGUUCGACAUCACUUAUGUCACCCAGAAAGCAAUCAAGGGGCAAGCAUUGGCCGACCACUUAGCAGCCCACUCUCUGCCGGACUAUCAACCAUUGAAGACCUUUCCCGUCGAGGAUAUUCUCCUGAUUGAGGAGGACGAAGGAAGAAAGGCAGGAGAGUGGACACUCUUCUUUGACAGAGCCGCAAACUUAAAAAGAAGUGGAGUAGGCGCCAUACUCUAUUCUCCUGAGGACGUCCCAAUUCCCAUAUCCAAAAGGCUAGCAUUCCAAUGCACCAACAACGUAGCUGAAUACGAAGUAUGCAUCGUUGGUCUAAGAGAAGCCAUCAUCCUCAACGUAAGGAAGUUAAGAGCCUUCGGAGACUCACAACUCAUCAUCAAUCAGAUAAAUGACAAUUGGAGGACCAAGGAUGAAAAGUUGAUCUUUUAUCAUGUGUAUCUGGAGAAUUUAGUCGAAGAAUUCGAUGAGAUCACAUUCUCUUACAUGGCUCGGGUGAAGAACCAAUUCGCAGAUGCUCUGACUACCCUCGCAUCAAUGCUAGAAAUUCCAAAAGGAGUUGCUGAAUGGGAACUCACUGUCGAACUUCAGGAGGAACCCGCAUUCUACCGACAGAUCGAUGAAGCUGAGCUAUCCUCGAAUGAUCGGUCGUGGUACACAAGUAUCAAGAAAUACCUCGAACACCAGAAGUACCCAGAAGGAGCCACUCUGACCGAUCGUCACACCAUACAAUGGCUAGCGGCAUAG